UAGAUCGCAUUUUAAUUUGGUAACGAGCGGAAAAUGAUUCUAUAUAUUUUGAAAUAAAACACUCGGGACGCUUAUGUAUAUGUAAAAUUAAAAAAAAAAAAAUAAUGAAAAAUAAAUAAAACAAAUAAUAAAUCGAAUGGAGGAAUAAAAAUAAAAAAACAUAGAAAUGUUUAAAAGUGCAAGUACCUCGAGUUUAAAUGUAACAGAUGAAAGCAGUAGCAAUAUGAGCGGCAGUGUUAAAAAAUCCCAAACCACUGCCAAUUGUGUUGUGGAAAAAAAACGUGGAUUUAAACCUAGUGAUCGUCAUGACCCCAACAAAAAACAAUUCUUGACUAAAUUAAGCCAACAAAUAUGGCAGAAAAAUAACAAUACUGAAUCUACCAAUGUAACGAAGAAAAUUGAUUUACAUAAAAUCUUUACACCAGCCACAGAUGCUGAGGAAAUUUUGCCUAAAAAUCGAAAACUGUAUGCUUCCUCUGCGUUUUAUUCCCCAACAUUACAUCCAACAGUGGAAGAUCAAGUUGAGCUCGCGCGAAGAAUUUCGCAUUCCUUGAGUGACAUUAGCAACCACCAAUCAAGGGGACAAUCUAUGUAUGUCAAUCGUAAGAAACGUUCGGUAAAAUGGGUACAUGAGGGCUGUGGCCAAGAAGAUGAAACUGAACAUGUUAUAAUUACGAAUCAAGAUGAAAAGGAAAACAAUGUAAGUCAUCAUGAAAAGGUGCCAUUGAAGUUUUUAAUGAAUCCCUAUGGUCAAAUGCGUGACAUAAAUUCAUUGCGAGAAUCGAUAAACACUGAGACUGGUCUUCUAUCGCCAGAUGUAAGUGCUGAAGUAGUAACUGCUUUGCAAGCAAAAACUGGAAAAGGCGCUAAGCUUUUUGCUAAGCGUCGUAAAGUAUCUGAGAAGUGGGUAGUCGACGAAAGUAAUGUCGGUGCUCAAAGUCCUUCUGGUCUUCCAGAUUAUCACCAGUAUCAACAACAACCAAGACCAUCGACAUCACCUAGCAUUUUGCCAGCAUAUACUGAUGCAGCAAAGCAUCGCGUACAAUUAAACUUGCACCAGGAACAAUUACUGGAAAAAUAUGCGAAGCCUGGUUUGAAGGUUGUCCAGACACCCUGGGAAGCAGCCCUAAAUUCUGGUUCAGCUAGUGCAGCCUUUGUUGAAGAGCAAAAGCUAUCAUCCUACCCUAACGCAACACUGACGCCCUCACCAACACCCCAGUUCUAUGAUGCUAAUCAAGGAGGCGUUCCACUCCAAAGUGCACCUACCAUCCCCGAUAGCUAUAGCAAACCAUAUUCUAACGAAGAAUAUCAAAACUAUCAAACAUAUGCAGCUCCAAGACAGCAGGCACAAAACGAACGACAACAAUAUUCGCAAAGAGAAUUAGCUUAUAAACCCAGCAUACCCCAAGGAUGGAAAGCUCCCAGCAUGUGUUUGCCUAAAGUAGAAUAUGGAUACCAAAGCAACAUUGAAAUAAACCUGACGUUAAAUGAGAUAAGACAAGUAAACGAAGCUACCAAAUCAUGUGAAGAGUUCAACACAACUGAUGAAACUGAGUUAGUCAAUUUAAUUUCCGAUAAUCAUCUACAUAAUGUCACACAUGCCUCUAAACAAACUCUCUCUACAGAAGAGCAUCAGUUCGUAAAUCAUUUAAUCAAAUCUCCGGAACUUAGGGUGUCUCCUAUACCUAUUAGUACUCAAGUUAUAUACGAUAACGCCGUCCAAGAACUUCAAAUGAAGCAACAGCAACUAUCCCAUAAACAUACUAAAAUCUGUGAUAAGCUAGAAGAAGACGAAAAAGAAGAAAAAGUUAAUGUUCGCAAACAACUGCAACAGUACGAAGAUUUACAUCGUCAGUUUGCAAAACAAAUAGAACAAGAGGAACUGUUACAAAAGAAACAUGAAGCAGCUAAAUUGAAAGCAUUGCAGAAUAAUAUUAAAAAGAUGACUAUCAGUAACAGUAAUCAAAUGAAUAUUGGUGCCAAUGUAACGAAUGACUCGUCCCAAACAGGUUCACAAGUAAUAACUCAACAACAGCAGCAAGAAGAUGAAAACUAUGUUAAAAUUCCUGUAAGAGAACUAAUAACUAAUUUUGAACAGCAGUACUUACAAGAUGACAAGCUUAAUACGCAGGCAGCUCCCCCUUUAAAGGACAAUUUAAAUUUGGAGCUGGGAGAACAUGUCGAUAAAACUGAAAUAAUUAAAAAUAACAAUGAAGAUUUGUACAUGCCCAAGGAAAUACCACUGCAAAGUUAUGCACCACCACCAGCAGCAUCUAUGCCUACAUCACUGUCAACACCUUUCUCAACAAAUAUGUCCGAAUCGAAUCAAUUCAAUAGCUACAAACAACAAAACGUUUCACCUUUAUCACCAUAUUCAGUACCAGAAUCGGUGUCUCCCAUGAACAGUUCUAAACCUUACGGAGGAACCAAUAGUUUCCCAAUAAGCAAACCAUAUCAACAAGGAUUUUCGACAUCAUUUGGUGGCAACAAUCAACCACCAAAGCAGCAGUUCUUACCACCACAAAGCUAUCAAACUAUACCUCAAAGCACAGGCCAAAGUGCCCCCCAGGUUAGCUUUAACCCGUCACCAUUGCCGUAUGAUAAGUUGGCCAAAUUUGAAAAUCCACCAGCUGAUGAGGGUCGUUAUAUCAGCAGUCCUCAUACACGUGGUUCCCACUUGAAUGUUCGCGCCAAUAAAGUUCGAAAUGUCUCAUCAGCACCUUUCGCCGGUUCAUACAAUAGACCUUACACACCAUCCUCCGACAACCAUUACUAUAGCGGCACUCCCAGUCCAUCUUCACGUCCUUUAUCUUCCUUGCAACACAGCAGUGGGCACAACACACCAAAUCUAAUACAUCCAACAGUUACCAGCAAUCAAAUAUUGAAUGCACCAUCCUACAAUAACUCAGCCCGUGGAUGGGGAUGCAAUUCAGGUACAUCUGCUGGUUACCAACAUUCACAGAGUCACAUAUCUUCUACCAAGCCUCAGGUUGUAAACGCUGCUAGUAUGCCAUACACCGAUUUUUAAUGAUAAACAAAAACUGUAGGCAAAAAUGUGUAACAAUGAAAUUUCUCUCUCUCUUCCUUUUUAAAACACUAACACACAGUCUCUCUCUUGCUCAACCACAUAUAAUUAAUAAAAAUAUAUAAUAAAAAUUGUGUUUUGUAAAUAUGAUUAAAUAUAUUUUAUAAAAUACAUUAACAAUAUGUACUUAAUUUUAGGGAGAGUAAUUGUUUAUUGUUUAUAUUAUAAUAAUUGUUUCAGAUAUGUGUUAUUACGAAUAUUUAUUUAUUUAUUUAAUUUUUUAAUUAUUCAUUAAUAUUUGUUUAGUCUACUUUGUAUAAAAACUUGAAGUGUCGUGGAUAAAGAUUUCAAUUCUUACAUUAUCAUAUUCAUUAAAAUGAAAACCUUAAACCGAAAUAUUUUAAAUAAAAUUACUGCUUAAAUUUAUAACUACUCAUUGGCAAUAAAAAUAUAUUGUGUCAUUAAAUUGGUAAUUCCAACAAA